CUUUCGGGACACGCCGUGUAAAAAAUAGAGCGGACCUUUUAUGUCAAGUAGCCGUUGGUGUUACAGCUUUCAGUCGCUGGCAUCUUCAACUUUACUGUUUGAUUGUGGAGCUGAACAAGUCAGAGAAAUGUCUUCAGCACAGGCAUUUUCAGGAAAAAACCCAAACCAACACAAGCGUGUAUCUGUUCAAGCUAACCCUGGAUUCCUGGAGCGACUAAGUGAAACUGCAGGAGGAACAGUUGUUGGUGUCGGACUGUUUUUCCUCUCUAUUUAUGUUCUCUUUACCAAUGAGGGACGAGCUCUGCAAACAGCAUCUUCCCUGGAUGAAGGUCUUUCUCAGGUUGUGUCGUUGGGGCCCUACAUCAGCCUGGACCUGCAGAACAACAACCGUUUAGUUCACCUGUCUGCACAGCUGCACACUGCACAGCCGCUGCAUGACCCCAACUACAGAGUGGUGGUGCAGGCAGUGAAACUGAAGAGGCAGGUGGAGAUGUAUCAGUGGGUGGAGUACCGGGAGAGCAAGGACUACCAAGAGGAUGGUGAAACCAAAACUGAGACGACGUACAGCUACAACACUGAGUGGAAGUCAGAGUUGAUCAACAGUCGUAAUUUUGACAAGGAAAUCGGUCACCAGAACCCAAGUGCCAUGGCGGUUGAGAGUGUCACGGUAGCGGCUCCUGAAGUCAGAGUUGGGCCUUUCAUUCUCUCUAAAGGCCUGGUGGAGCAGAUAAAUGACUUCCAGACACUGAGUUUGAGGGAUUUUUCUGCCUUAAACGUGGACCCUUUCCUCUCCAUUGAUGACGAUUAUUUCUAUCACACUCAAUACCCACGUAGGCCGGAGGUUGGGGAUGUGCGCGUGAGAUUCUCCUUCGCUGGACUGAGUGGUGAGACGUCUCGACUCGGCCCAGCUCAAACUGUCAGUAUUGUGGCCAUGCAGAGGGGGGAGCAGCUGAAGCCUUUUAAAACCAAGUCAGGAGACACCCUGGAGAUCCUGUACCUGGAGGAGCUCUCUGCAGAGGAGGUUUUUACAAAGGAGCACCAGUACAACAGUAUGAAGACAUGGGGACUCAGGGCUGCAGGAUGGGCUCUCAUGUUCCUUAGCAUUCAGCUGACCAUGCGCAUCAUCUACACACUCGUGGAUUGGGUUCCUAUUCUCAGAGAGCUGGUGUCCGUGGGCCUGAAGAUCUUCGCCUUGUGCGUCUCCUGCUCUCUGUCUCUUCUCACCAUUGGAGUAGGUUGGAUUUUUUACCGACCCUUAGUGGCAGCAGCUCUGGGAGCACUAGCUCUCCUGCCGAUGUUUCUUGCCCGCUCAGGACUUCCAGCCAAGAAGAACGAGUGACUAUUGAGCUGAUGACUAUUACAGCAGUUCCCGAUGCCUGGCUGUAGCCAUCCAUCAACGGUGUGAGACAGUAUUGUACUGCUGGUUUUUCCACAGCAGGGUUGCGAACUGCAUAGGACUUGUUUUCUUGGGUUAAAUAGACGUUCUACGAUAAUAAAUGUUUUUCUGUAAUGAAUACAAUAGGUUUAAUCCACCAUCCAUCAGUGUUUAAAUGGAUUUGAAAAUUAUUUUACACUUUCUCACCCUGAUAAUAUAUUGAAAUACAAAAAAAAAUCACCUCAACCACACUGCUUAUUCGGUCAGAAAUCGGUGGAAGCUGUUUGCUGUUGCCUUUAGAUCUGCUAUCAGAUGUGGCCUUUUCCUCCGCCCAUGCAACUCUUCACUGUUCUCACUUGAUAAACUGCUGAUCAGUGAGCAACAUGCAGUCACAGUAGUGUCAUUUUAACUGUAAAAAGAACUCACCAAAGACUUGUUGCUAUCCCCACAAUACUGAGACUCAGUUGUCAGUUUAUUAGGUACAUCUAGCCAAAAAAAACUAAUGCAGUCCUAUACAGAAGCCCCGCAGUGAACCCUACCAUCAUGAAGAUUAUAGUGUUCAGUUUUGAACACUAUACAUUGAACAUAAAUUUCAUGUAGGUACGAUUUAUUGCAGGGCUGUUGUUAGACUGCAUGUGUUUCAGGUUGGUGUACCUAAUAAACUGCUUAACUGAGUUCAUUGUGUAAAAUAUAAGUAAUAUAAUAUAAGCUUCAUAUAUUCUCCAUUUCCACCAUCUCACUUGAGGGAAUACUGUGUAUCUCACCAUGGAAUUUGUCCAAACUUGAAAAAGAACCGGUAAACGCACAUACUUCUCAUUUGGAAAGUGAUGAAUGUCACCACUCCUGACAAAAAAAAAAAAAAAAAAAAAAGAGACCAAUUCUGGUCAGCACCAAAGUGGAGAUCUACAAUUUUGUUCUAUUGUUUGUAUGCAGUGUAUGUCAAAUAAAGCACUUUUUUGUCUAUCAACUUCAGACCUAAACAA